AUGUCUCUUCCAGGUCGUCCUCGUGUUGUUGUGAAUGGUGUUCGAAGAACGAGAACGUACCACUAUUUCUGGUGCCUAAUUUGCCAACGUACUGUGAGGAUACCCUUUAUGAAUACAAAUGGCUCAUUGUGUCCCUAUUGCUUCCAUCAAUUGUUUUAUGAGCUUGAUAUCUCAAGGCCAAGGUUUCUCAUGAAUGUGCCUAAUAACUUGGAGCCUUCACCUGCUACUCAACUUAUCCAUAGCUUGGCUCUCAUUCUUGAUCCAACUCUGAGGAGACAACACAACCAUUUGAACACAACAACACAAUGGGAAACAGAAAAUGAAGAUAGUCCAAAUCCACAGGCUUGGAUUACCCUCAGAUUUGUUAGACCAACUAGUCCACCAAGGCUUAUUGCCCCACCAGAAAACUUGGUCCAACAAGCCUAUGACACAAACAAUGCCACCCCAUUUGAGAAUACAUUAGAUGAGUUCAUUGAUGGGGUGAUUCAGAACAAUCGACCGGGGCCACCUCCAGCACAAUCUUCAGCCAUUGCAGCAUUGCCAAUGGUGAAACUAACACAAGAUCAUUUGGCUAGUGACCCCAAUUGUCCAAUUUGCAAAGAUGAGUUUCAGCUUGAUAUGGAAGUGAGAGAGUUGCCCUGCAAACAUUUCUAUCAUUCUGAUUGUAUUGUCCCUUGGCUGCGCAUCCACAACACUUGCCCUGUGUGCCGCUAUGAGAUACAAGGUGUUGCUAGUGCUAAUUACCAUUUCCAAAACGAGAAUGAGCAGAGUUUUGGGUUUGAGGAAGUUACAAGCACCUUGAACUGGUUUUGGAGCCAAUUGGCAUCGUUAAGGCCUAUCCGUGCAGUCAUAGAUUGGACACAGUCCUACUUUAAUUUCCAAGAUAAUCAUGCUCGUGAUCGAAGAGGUAAAAGGUGCAAGCACCUCAAUUCAAGAACAUGGGUGGAACCUUAUUUCUUGGUGAAGAAUUACAUUUCCAAAUGA